UUCAUUAUGUAUCAUUAUACCGGUCCGCGCCGCGCGGUGUGCACUGCAGUUACUAGCCAAGCGCGUGUGUGUUUCCUCUCUGUUGGUGCUGAGCCCGCAGAAAGCGUGCGACGCGCGUGUUAAAAUUUUCCGAACUCUCGUACGAAAAUUCUUUCGUACUUUUCGUAACCGAUCGUGCGUGAGUAGAUUUUACGAUACUUGGAAAUUAAAAGGGUGGAUGGAGUAAGAGUGAAAGAAAAAGGAAGUUUUGGAUCCAAGUGACUUUUCGCAUAGCGCCUUCGAAACGCAGCGGGAAAAAAGUAAUCGUGAGGUGGUAAAAAUUUCAUUGGACGACGCAUAUAUAUCCCUGACUGUCUCUUCGUUGUUGUCCUUUUUUUGGUCUCGCUCUCUCUUACACGGCCCGGUUAGCAUUCGAAAUUGCAGACAAUUGUUACAAAUGACCGGUAAUUACGAUUGUUGUUGGAGGACAUAGGCAUUACUUGGCCAUCUAAUUUCAACCCUUCCUCUGAAUCCUCGCGCUUACACACAAAGUGCUACGAUCACUUAGACUGAUCGAAACUGGUCGCAGGAAUUUAUAUUAUUGGUGGAUUUUCGCGGUUUUACGUUGGGCGUCUGCCUCGAGGAAAAUUAGCCUUGGGCUUUAGUUUGAGAGCAGCUCUUGGACUCUUCGGGCACCAUGCUGACCUUCUUCUUCUAUUCGAAAUUGUACCUGAGGUCGAGACGAAAUUUGGCGAGCUGACGUUUGAAUAUCGAACAGUUAUGGUCCAUGAGGUAUUGAAGUCUUGAACUUGGUGUUUAUGAUAUUUCAUUAAUUGCCUCAUUAAUCUUCCCAAAGUGAACCAAUUCAUUUUCUCCCUCUUAAUGUUCCUCUCGUUCAUGCUGGUUCCUCGUUGACUGGUGCAAUCCAUUAGAAGAACUCGCGGGUGAUGUGUGUUAAGUGAUACAAGAUCAUAUACCAGAAGAGCAGCUACUCGAAGAUCGUGUUGCUCCUGAUUUUCUUGAAAAAAAAAACGUAAACCAGGUUAAAACGUAUCAUUACGCGUGAUACUCGGAAAUAGUCAAGAAAAUUUCAUCCCGUCUUCGAUCGAUCGAAUGUGCAUCGAGUGUCACGUGACGAAAUCGAUCAAGUGAUUACGAAUGAUAACAACGAAGCUACAAGGAGUAUAAAAGUGUCCGAAUCGUUCUUACGUGGUCAUAAUAAUGAUAAACGAUGAUAAUCGAAGACUGAACGGAGUACCAGAGUAAUAAAGGAGAGGGUGAUCCGUCGGGAAAAGAAGUGACAAUAAAGAGCGUGAAUAAUAAAGAAAAAAAAAAAAAUAAAUAAAUAAAUAAAAUAAAAAAAAGAGGAAGAUUCACGGAAAGAUUAAUUAAUUAAGAAAACAAAGAGUACUCGGUCCAGCCGCAAAAUUCGGGCGCCGAGCGGUAUCGCGUCGGCGACGUCGGCGACGGCAAGGGGUGGCUGCGGCGUCGACGUCGCGUCUAAGGUGGAGCGUCCGGGCAGCACGACGACGCUCAAUUUUACGGAUCUGGGGAGCCCAUUCGGGGCGGGCGACCCCUGUCCGUCUAGCACCCCGACCCCCAACAGUAUGUCCGGUGGUCCAUCCGGAGGUGCUGGUGGCGGCGGUGGUGGUUCCGAUAUGGAACAGCAUCUUCAUCAUAGUGGACUUGGUUCCGUAACACCAGGUCCACCCGGGAACGGUGGUGACAGUGCUUCUAGUACUCCGGUGUCCCAGUCUGGUAAAUCAGCAUUCAUUGAACUUCAACACAAUAAUCUUUACAAUCCCGCCAGUCUACGCGGUGGAUAUCCCGGUGGACAUAACGUACCAGGAUCUCAUCAGUUCCCGCACCAGGUCGGCUCCCUGGGACACCAGGGCUCGGGUCCUGGAAGUGGGAACCAGCAGCAUACGGAAACAGGAUUUCCAAGUCCCAGGUCGGCUCUUGCUGGAUACCCUUUUGCACCGAUGCACCAGCAUAACGCCUAUGGAUACCAUCUUGGCUCUUACGCCCCCCAGUGCCCCUCGCCGCCCAAGGACGGUGAGUACCCUAACUGGUGGUGCAUGUUCGCAGACCUCUCACCGCUCGGCGACAAAGGCGGAAGCCUCGUGGACGAUCUAGGAGGCGGUGGCGGUGGUUCCUUGCGAAAUGGCAAAGGAAAGAAAAUGAGAAAACCAAGAACGAUCUACAGCAGCCUACAACUUCAGCAAUUGAACAGGCGAUUCCAGAGGACCCAGUACCUGGCACUUCCGGAAAGAGCAGAACUCGCAGCGAGUCUUGGACUCACGCAGACGCAGGUGAAAAUUUGGUUCCAAAAUAGAAGGAGCAAGUACAAGAAGAUGAUGAAGGCGGCGCAACAGGGUGGUGGUGGUGGACAGCACGGUAGUUUACUGGCUGGAGGUACCGCUCUACCUGGUGGACCAUCUCCACAACCAGGUCAACCGGGAGGACUUAUGCAAGGAGGUGGUGGCAGUUCGGUCUCUGGUAGCCCCACGACAGGGUACCUUGGUGGUAUGGGUGGUGGGGGUGGUGGUCACACACCCGGAAGCUCGAGUCCCGGAAGUGAAAUGUCACCUCAGCAUAACGAGAGUCCUCCUGCGCCUUCUUGGCCUGGUGAAAUGAAGCACCAUCCUCACCCUCAUGCACCCCCUCAUACUCAUCAUCAUCCACAUACGCCUGGACAUCAUCCUCCACCUCCACCACCUCCGCCCCAUCACGCGGGUUACAUGCCUCAGUAUUCUUGGUAUCAGGCGGAUCCUAAUCCAGGAUUACUCACGGUCUGGCCAGCGGUUUAACGAAGACGUCAGGAACUCGAUUUCGGGUCGGCAAGAUCAUCUUCGCAGCCCUGAAGACGCAUCCUCCGAAGCGUGGAUGCGUAAUCCUGCUGUCCUCUUUCGGAGACGUGGAGAGAGAAAUUCGUUAUGUUAAAUAUGUCUAGUUGUCUUAACAGUGGUCCAGAUACAUUGGUACCAACGGAAUAAUAGAGAGAAAAAAGACAGUGAAGUGUUACAUGAACGGAUUAAUCGAACUCGUGUAUUAAAAUAUAUGUGCACAGUGGGUCCAUCAAGUGUUUACAGACUGUUUGGAACAGUGAACUCUCAUUGGUUUUCAUAAUGGUGACUACCCGGAGUACCAGUGAUAUAUAUAUAUAUAUAU